GCCCCUCUGAGCCUUCCUUCGGCGAGCCGAGCGAGGGCCGCGGGCUGGAGGCGACGUGCGCGCCGGCAGAAGCGCGGGACUCCUCCUCGGUCUCUUUCGCCUGCCUCCCGCCUCCCCCCGUCUCUCCAUCUGGUUCGGUCCUCGCGAUGCCGUCGUCGGUUCGUGCCUCCCGCUGGCGCAGCCCAUCUCUCCUCCGCUGAAGGGGGGGCGGCGGCGGAUGGAGAGAUCGAGAGCGCGAGUCGCCUCUCCCGCUUCGUGCCUCCUCGCCUCGCUCUCCCCGGGGCUGGCCAUCCUCCCCGGCCGGCUGAUGGUGACACUCCGGUCCGUGCUCUUCUGGGCUCUCGUGUACGCUUACUGCGGCCUGUGCGCCUGCAGGGAGCUGCUGAAACUUUUGUGGAGCCUCGGCACGAGGCCGGCCAAGACCUUCCAGUGGCUCAUCCGGGAGAACCCGCCGGGCUGCCUCAACGACCCUUGCUGGGGGACUCACUGCUAUGUCCGGAUCAAGGUAAACAGGAGCUUGCGGGGAGGGACGGCGCCGUCCUCACGAGCUGCGGGGUCUGCGUGUCUGCGGGGAGGGAGCCUCGCUUCUGCUGCCCAGGGCAAAGGGGGCACUCGAUCGCCCUCUUCGUGGGAAAGGACAAGCACAGGCAGAAAGAGGCUUGCCUUGCUUUCCUCCUCUCUCUCUCUCUCUCUCUCUCUCUCUCUUUUGCUCCUUCCUUCCCUCCUUCCCAGUUCUGUCGCUGCUGGAAAACAAGGCAGGAUGCAGCCCAUAGAAAGGGUUGUGUUUGCUCCACAAACACACACAUUGCUGCAGAUAGAUGGGUGCACACACAUGUCAUCCUGUGCACACCACACACACACACACACACACAACAUAUAUAUAUAUAUAUAUAUAUAUAUAUAUAUAUAUAUAUAUUUGGGGAGGCAGGGGGCGUUAUGGAGGAGGCGGGCUUGCAAGCAGCAGUCCAUUUCCGAGAUGCGAACAGUGAGAAUAAGUCGGGGCGUGCGAGCUCUCUGGUGUGUCCUGGUGUUGACGGACCACCCGUUUUGUCUGGUUGUGAUGUGCCAAAACCUAUAGCGGGUCAUGAUCUGUGUGGGUCAUGAUGGGUACAAAGCCACUGUGUGUGACUGGUUUUGACAUUCCUGUCUGGAACAGACGCCCCCUGCCCCCCCAAAAGAGAGAGAAAGCCUUGAGAGGAAAUGUGAAUAUAAGCAACCAGUGUGCAGACAUGAGAGGCAAUGCAUUCGAGGUGAUUUGCAAACACGCUACUCAACCUUUCGGUAAUUGCUUCAGGAAAAAGUCUGGGUGCUUAACUUAACUCCUGGUUUGCCCGAUCUUCUUAAUCUCCGCAGGCACCGAGUAAAAGUCCAGUAUCUGGUCCAUAUGUGGUAUCUGAGGCAGAACUUUUUGGUGAGAAGGCAUUGGUGGCUCUCUCUUUAAUCAGAUUUAUUUAUAAUUUUAAAAUGCUUGGAGAGUAGGUACACUCUUCCAGCAUGCACACAAAAAGGUCUGCGAGCCCACACUGGGGGGAGUCAAAAUUGUCUAGUCUCAAGGCAGAAACUGUGGUGGCGCAUGAAUCAAAUGUCAUCUUUGAAGUGCAGAGGCCAUGUCCUUGAUUCCAGGUCCCAAAUUGCUUCAGCAGCAUUCAUAUCUCUUGACUUGCCCUGGAUUCAUCAACUCAGCAUCAUCAACUCAGGGAAGAAGGACAUUGGUGGGACUAGUUUAUUGAUUCUUUUGCCCUUCCAAAAUGAUAAAUAGAAGAUGCACUAUACUCGUCUACAAUUGUUUGCAGGCUUCAUUUUCUCAUUAAUAAAAAGUAGCCCAUUAGUGUUCCCAGGAGCUGUGAGGAAUGAAGACAUGACGUGCUUCUGCCUACUGAAAAGAAAUACAAGCUAGGUCAGAAUGGCAAGGCUAGUUGGUCAUCAGAUCCAAUCCACCCCACUGCUUCUAGUUCUACCCCAUGGAGCAUCAGAGAUCAUGGUGUGCUCGACACCCCUUCAGAUAUUGGCCCCGAUCAUGCCUCACCUUAAUAUUUUCCUGCCAAACCUACCCAACUCUUUCAAGCAUCUUCCUACAGCUUAAUGCAUGGAUCUUAAGUAGAAUUCCACAUUGCAUACGACUAUUAGGGAGGCACAAAUCAGAACUUCCUCAUGUUGAUUUCUUCCUCUCUUACUGCUAACGUAUAGAAUCAGUUACUCUUUGCCAUGAUAUUAGCAUGCUUUGUUGCUUCCGCCACCCCGCCAGCACCAACCAAAUGAUGUGAGCCAAUUCAGAUGUGAGGAUCCCAACAUGGGAUGAAUGAUCCUACACAAUGGGGUGGGGGAGAACUUGGCACAUGGAAUCCACUUUCAGUGACAUCCCAUGUUCUGUGUAGCAAGCGGUUCUGUCCUUUAAAUGGUUCUGAAACUGUAUCUUUCCAUGCAUUGAUCCACUACCAAAAGGAAGGAAGGAAACUUAGAAGAGCCGAGGCCAAAGUGCUUCUGGGUCGACCACAAACAGGACAUGAGAUCAAAGAAAAGUUAGGUUUGCAAGUUUCCUUGCAGUUUGUUGGUAAGAGCUUGAAAUGCAGUGGUACUGACGAUAAUGACUCCCGUUAAGAACUUCACACGCUUGUUGUGAAACAUUGCGGGGGAAAUAUAUUGCAGAGUUGGAACUUCGAUAUGCACUUAAUUUCUAUAAUGCCGUUGAAAUUUUCCCUAAGAAAAUGAAUUAGCAGUAUAUAUCAAAGCAUUGUAAGGUAUGUAAAAGCACUGUUGAUACUUUAAAUUGAAUUACCCACCCAGUCAGUUAGCAGUAGUUAAGUACCCUUAACUACAAUAGAAAUAAAUUAUGUAGAUGUAAUGGCUGUGGAGAAAAUUCCUAUAAACGAAAGAAUAGAAAUCUAUGCUCAAUCUAUAAAACCAUAGCUAACUUGAAAUUUUAGUGAGAAGUUCUUUUCAUGCACAUCUAAAAUCAAGCAAGUUUUAUUUAUGGCGAUAAAGUAUUUAACAGCGAGUCAUGUGGCUAUUAUUCUAAAACUUAGGACAUAUGCCAAUAUCUAGAACCCGAUGCAAACAAAUUUGCAUGGCAAUUUAUUUCCCUUGCUCUGAAAUGAACAAAGCAAGUUUUGCAGCCAUAAGAGUAAGAUGAGGGAGAACCUCUUUCUAGAAGGGUGGCUGGGCUGCAAGGCUGGGACACUCGCAUCUCCAGGAAGCACCCUGUUUGAGUGAGUACAAGUGUGCCGUUAAAUAGAACUUGCCAUGGUUUGUUCUUGUGGCAGCACUGCUAGGCACUUGGGAGCCAUAAAACCAGCACAGUGUCAAGUUAAGCACCACUUGCGGGAGUGCCAGCUUGGACCCACAACCGUGGGUGCCAGGGGCUGUGGGUACCAUAUAGUGUGCAUGGCCCUGGAGCCGAAAUUUGUGGGUGCUCGGCCCCUUCAUGGGGGAUUUUGUGGGUGCUUAGGCACCCCAGGACCCCAGAGAGUCGGCACCUAUGACCACAUACCUCCACCACUGCCUCAUUUUGUCCUCGGGGAAAGGUGCUGGGUGUCCUCUCACAUGCAGCAGUAUUCAGAAGCGCACACUGGCUGUCUCCAGUGAAUUACUUCAUAAGAUGCUGCUGCUGCUGCAUACUUUAUCAGCUAAUUGCAUGUUGAUUUGGCCAUCAAUCUCAUCAUCUGUCUUGCAAUGGCACUUCAGGCCUACUGACUUUUUUUGUAAAAUAAAUUAAGUGCCUCUUGAAUAUUAAUUCAUUGAAUAAAAGCAUGAAACACUGUUCCCCAUAUCAGUCAGUCUGGGCUGCUCAUGAUGUGGGUGGGAUAGGGCCUUCUCUGUAGUGGUGCCCCAGCUACAGAAUCCUCCCCAGCCCUCCUGGAAGCAUGGAUGAAUACAACACUGCUUCCAUUGCUUGGUAAAACACACACUUACUUUCCUAGGCCGUUGCAUGUUUUGUUGGAUUGCUUUAUGAAAUUGUUUUGUGCUGUUCUGUUGGUUAAUGAAUUAAAAUUUUAAUGAGUUGUUUUAUGUAGCUGUUGGAAUCCACUCUGUGAACACGAGGUGAUGAAAAGUGGUCCAUAAAUGCAAAAAAGAAAAAAAUACAAUGUGAAUUUUUGUUUGUUGCAAAACAGCUUUGGAGAUGGGAGGGGUAGAUGGACAACAUCACAGAUACUAGCCAAUCAACUCUUGGCAGAGUUGCUUUCUUCAUGGAGAGGGAAAUGUUUGUCAAAAGAUAAUGUUUAGAGCUCUUCAGCUGGAGAUGAAAAUUUUCAUGUCACUUCUGUUUUGCGUGUUUUUUUCCUUGAUAACAGCUUAUUCCAUUAGUUCUAAGAAUAUUUAUAGAAUUAAUUAUGUAUGUAUAAGGAGGAAGGAUCAGAUAAUGAUUAAAUUAGUUUAGCAAGCAUGGCUUUUCCUACUCUGUGAAUUGUUGUUCUGCGAAGGAAUAACUAGAGGGCAGGAAUGGAGAACCUGUGACCCAAUAUUGCUGGACAACAAUCCCCAUCGUUCCUCACCAUUGGCCAUGAAGGUUGGGGCUGAUGGGACUUGGAGUCCACAAACAUGAGCAAAGCUUUCCUUUCCUGCUGUGAGGAAUCUGCAACAUCUUCACAAUCCAGCUGUGAGGGAGUGAGGAGAAGCCAGGUCAUAUAUACACUGGCUUUAAGAUGUCCUUGGCUUUACUGCUUAGAGAAACCUUAGUUCCCAAGCGCUUUACCAAUUUUGCCACAAGAUUCAUUUUACCACGACUUCAGAAUAAUGAAGCGGCAGCCACAUCAACCUCUCUCAAUUAUCCGGAGCCAUCUUCUUGCACUGCAGCUGAGUGUUCGCCUCUCACAGCUGGCUGAUGUCAAGCAUGAAAUGAAGAGAGGCUCUCAAGAUAGUUGCUAACAGACAAAGAUCCACAGCGCCUGGCUGGUGUCCUUAUUAGCACUCUCAGCAGAGAGCUUGUUUGUUGAUCUGAAAUAGUAUGAGAAGUAAUGUGACAACCGGUUGAAGUAGAAGUUUGCCUGACACCACUAUGGCCCUAUUAAGGCUUCGGCGGAAAGCCUGUACAGUUGCAGUGUCCGACCUAGGGUACGUACACACUGUCUUAAUUUUGCAGAAGCCAAUGCUCCUGAUAAGGUGACAGAGGACAGGUGUCUGCAGCAUAUUUCAUAACAAGCUCCAAUUAGCUUUCUUUUCCAGGUGUUGCCUGUCAUCCCUGCCUGAACCAGAAACAAGGAACUGCAUAAAUCCUUUUAAGUGCUUGCUUGAUUUGUGCAAAGUCGCCAUAAAGUGGAACAUCCCCCAUGUUCCUCCUCCUCUGUUCCUCCCAUGCUCCUCCACCCUCCUUGGAAACACCUGGAUGCACAUCCACAAAUAGCACAAGAAUCCAUAAAACAAGGAGUUGUGAAAUAGUCCUGCUAAGGUGCAGACAGACGGCAAAUAUUCCUGGAGGUGGGGACAGUGUGCUCUCAAGUAAGUUUGACCAGUCCGAUGCCAUGUGAUGGAGAGCCUGGUGUGAAUAUUAGAACGGUCAGUCGGUUAGAGAAAUCUUAACUAAUACUGUGCAUAUAUUUUCAGGGUUUAUUUUGGAUGGUGACCUCAUGUGCCACACUAGGCACCAUGGGGAAGGGCAGAAUGCACACAGAAGGUCUCAUGUUUGACAUCUCUUCCCAAAGAGCCACUGCUGGUACAGUUGUACCUCAGAAGCCAAACGGAAUCCGUUCCGGAAGUCCAUUUGACUUCCGAAAGGUUCGAAAACCAAGGCGCGGCUUCCAAUUGGCUGCAGGAAGCUUCUGCAGCCAAUUGGAAGCCACGGAACUCAUGUCCAACGUUCGGGUUCCAAAGAACGUUCGCAGACCGGAACACUCACUUCCGGGUUUGCAGCGUUCAGGAGCCAAAACAUUCGAGUCGCAAGGUGUUUGACUUCCAAGGUAUGACAGUACUGAGCUACCAGACUAAUGAUUUGAUUCAGUAUAAAGCAGCUUUCUAUAUUCCUAUUCCUUUCUGUGUGUGAGAGAGGCGAAAGGUCUCAGAAGUUACCUACCUGCCACCCACUCUGAAAGUACUUACAUUAGAAAAUAAUUAACAUUUUAAAAAGACCACUACUCACCUAAUUGGAGGCCCCCUUUUCAUCGGUCUGAAGCUUUUAAACUGGUGAGGCAUUGUAUCCUUGUUUAACACUGCACCUUCAGUGAUAAUGCAGCCAAACCCAUCAUGAAAUGAAAGGGAGCGAGUUGAAAGAAAACAUGACAGCAUGCUAUUGGUCUUAUGAAUGCAGAGAAAUAAUGGACUGCUGCAACUUUCCGUGUGACUCUUGAGAAGCACGAAAUUCAAGCUACCCUUUGAACAAAGCUCUUCUCCAUACCUGAACAUUCAUCGGUGAAUAUAAAAACACAACUUGUCUUCUCUUUCACUUCCAGGAUUCCGGGUUAAGAUUCCACUAUGUGGCUGCUGGAGAGAGGGGCAAGCCGCUUAUGCUUCUUCUUCAUGGCUUUCCGGAGUUCUGGUAAAACUCUUCCUUUAUGUUAGUUUUAUGCCACAUAUGCUUCUGUUUAUGAACUACAUAUGCAAGAUCAAUACCCAUGUGCGUUUCGUUAUAGUUAUUAUUAAUCUGUACAGAGGCACCAGCUUCCCUUGACAAUUGGGGAGCCCUGACGGGACAUCGUGCAAUGUCUGAACAUUGAGGUGGGCCCAGUCCCCUUAAAAAAAAAACCAACCCAACAUUUGGGGGGGUGGGAAACUGCCUCAGCCCCUAGGAAUCAGCACCUAUGAAUCUUUAUCCUGCUUUUGUCCAAGAACUCUUAAAUUAGUAGCUAUUGUAUCAUACAUGCCUUGAUCAAGGCAUGGUAACUGGUAUUACCCAUACAUGUUGCACAUAGCAGACAGGGACCUAAAUCCUAAUUGUCUACCCGCUACCUGAAAAUUUGACAUGUGUAUGUGUACUUGAAAGGCAAUCAAGGUCAGUGUGUAUAGGAGUGCAAAUUAAACCUUAUCAAAGUUGUUUUGCAGGGAUGGGGGAACCCAUGGCUUUCCACGUGUUGUUGGAGUUCAUCUCCCAUCAUUCCCAACCAACACGGCCAGUGGUCAAGGAUGAAGGGAGUUGUAUCCCAGCAACAUCUCUGGAAGAGCACCGUUCCUGCGCUGUUGUUUGGUUAUAUGACUUUUUCUGUGGAUUUUGCCCUAUUAGUUAUAUUUUAUACAGGGGUGCCAACUUGAGUAAAAUAUUGGGGGGCAGUAAUCCCCCCCCCCCAUAAUCAACCACAUGAUGUGGUGCAUACACACCAUUUGAAUGGCAAUGCCCAUCAGUUUGGGGGAGCAGCCCCCCAAAAUAUUUUAUUGGGGGGCGAAGCCCCUAGGAGUUGGCUCCUAUGGCUUUAUAAAUGCCACAAAAGGCUAUAGCUUCAAAUGUAAAGUAUUUACUGUCCAAAAUUUGUUUUGUUUUUCAUUUUUAUUAAAGAGAAAACAUUUUUUUAAAAAAUCUUACGUUGUAACAAAGGAAAGGAAAGUCAGAGAAAAAAGGGCACCAACUUACCAUUUGUGUUCUAGCAUAUUAAAAGUUACCUUCUUUUCCAUAAAUCUAUCAAUCUGCAUUCCUAAGAAACAUAAUAAUAAGAUACGAAGUAAUACAAACUUAGAUAAGAGAGCAAACAUGAAGGGGUUGAGGAUAGCAUUUUCUAUCAUAUAUUAACCAAAGUCAUGUUGCUAUUCUUUUUUAUAUUUACAAUGGAAAACUUCAUUCUAAGUUUUAAAAAAAUGAAAGAAAAAAGUCGGGCAUUCCAAAUACCAGCAAAUACCUUAAAGAAAGACACUAAAGUAUCUACCAGUUAAUCAGGAACUGAUCUUCUACCAGCCUAGGGGCCAAACCAAAUAUGUAUGUAUGCUUGAAUGUGAGGAUCUAUGGGCCACUCUGGACAACCUGUUUAUUGAGUGUUCAUCCUGAUUUGCUUGUAAAGAUUAUGCGGAGGUGACAUUAUAGCCGAUCUUUACUCAGCAUUUGUGUUUAUUUGUUUCCAGGGCAGUUAUACAACAGCAAGCAUUUGUCCUACAUCCAUUCUGAUUUACGGGGUGUUUAUACAUCUUCCUGUUAAGUCAUUCUUCUCCACUUUUUAAUGCGUUUCACUUUCCAGACCACUGAUUUUUUCAAAAACGGAUUUGUUGCAAAAUAGUGACACUCCGGAGGCACCCUAUGUUUGCCGCUAUAUGGUGGAAGUGAAAUACCUAAAUUGGCUGUCCCUGACCAAAUUAUAAAGUUACAAGCUUUAAUAAUUCCAGCAACUUUAAAACGGAGAAACAGGUACAUAUUUGCCCUGGACAGUUCAUAACCUCACACCCUUGUUCCAUGCUCCAGCAUCCCACCAGGUCAAACUGGAGUGCAUGGGGAUGGGAGCAAAACUCACCCACUUCACCUAAACAUUUACCUCCCCAUGCUGUGCUCCAUUAAUUCGUACCCCCAACAAGCCAGCUAAGAUGUUGGAAGUGACGUCAGCGGGAGCAAAACACAGGGAAGACUCUGGUUCUCUGGGGCUACUUUAUUCCCUAGACCAGAGUUUCCCAAACUUAAGUCUCCCACUGUUUUUGAACUACAACUCCCAUCAUCCCUAGCUAGCAGGACCAGUGGUUAGGGAUGAUGGGAAGUGUAGUCCAAAAACAGCAGUUUGGGAAACCCUGGUCUAGACAAUAAUUGUGGGUCUGAAAGUGUGUUUUCUGAUCCAUCACUGUGGGGUGACAUUGAUCCUCUUGGCGCCAACUUCUGGUAAGGGUUUCACAAUUGAAUAUCUGCAUCUGAUGUCCUGUAUGAAAUUAAAAAGUGAGCUAUAAAAUGAAAGUUUGGAAUAGUUCUGUUUCAUAUGACUUGAAGGCAUUUCCCCCUUCCUUACUUGUGAAAUUUGGCCAUAACUUGAUUAAAAUUUGAUAGGGCCCAGAUAAAAUUGCCUCAUUAGCUGGGUAGAUGACCAUCCCUGGUUGACAAUAUGGCUUGUAGCUUAUGUAUCUAACUAGUUUAAUGGAAUAUAAGGUAAACAAUUUGUUAUAUAGGCCAACAUUAGCAUAACACCGCAGUUCACACUGGUGCUAUUUUAUUUUUUUAAAUGCAGUAUUGAAAUAAUUUAUGAGGUUAAAAAUAUGUAUGAUUGACUGUGGGAGAAUCACGGCAUAAAGUACUCCAGCUAAAAAUACCAUAGUUAUCUACGCAGAUUGUAUUUAUGAUGCUGGUGCCUUUUAUUGAAACAAAAAGAUGAAAUGAUCACUGAAGAGCAUUUCAAAGUGCCUGAAAAACUUCCACUUUUAAAGAGUGAAAACAAGUUAUGCAAGAGUAACUCAUAUUUACAAAAUAGGUUAGCAUCUUGUUUCAAGGUUAAAGUUUGGGCAAACAAAAUAAAUAGUCAAAAUAAACUGAUAUGGAGAAGAUGAGAAGGCAAAAUUAGCUGAUUACAUACACAAUUGACUGUAAGUAUCUCUUAAUGUCUUCUUCUUCUUUGGCGAUCACUCGUAGCUGAGUAAGAUUGUCUUCCAUAAACACGGUUUUAACAAUGAGUCUGUAAGUGACUGUGGAGGCCAAUACUGGAUCCACACGCCCUUCCACAGUGGGGACAUUGGUUUCCGGGCAGGAGUUGAUCAUGGUGUGGAUUUGCCAAGUGUGACUUCCUCUUAGCACGUUUCUCCCUUGCGUCCCGUGUUCGAGUGUCUUCAAAGCCCAUGACACCUUUGGUAAAGCUGUUCUCCAACUGGAGCGCUUGUAGGCCAGUGUUUCCCAGUUAUCAGUGUCUAUACUACAUUUUUAAGAUUUGCCUUGAGACAGUCUUUAAACCUCUUUUGUUGACCACCAGCAUUACACUUUCCAUUUUUAAGUUCGUAAUAGAGUAGUUGCUUUGGAAGACGAUCAUCAGGCAUCCGCACAACAUGACCAGUCCAACAAAGUUGAUGUUGAAGAAUCAUUGCUUCAACACUGGUGAUCUUUGCUUCUUCUUCUUAAUGUAUAGUCCAUAUGUAUCUACCCAAACCUUAAGUCUGAGUGACUCUGUUGAAUGAAGUGAGGCAGAUAACCAUCAAGAUAAGGGCCUUUUUGAUAGUGGUACCCCGGCUAAAGAACAGCCUUCCCAGAGAGAUUUGCCUGGAACCAUCCUUGUGGUCUUUUCAUCCUCUCUGUUCACUCCAGGCUUUUAAAUAAUUUUAAAAUCUGUGUUUUAACUUGGGGGGUGCGAUGGCUCUUGUUUUCAUCUUUGGAUUUUUAUGGUUUCAGCUCUUAUUUUGCAUUUAAAUUGUUUUCAUACUUAUUUGUUUUAAGUUGCCCAGAGAGCUUCAUGCAAUUGGAUGUCAUACAAAUGUUGCAAAACAACAACAACAACAACCCAAUAAUACAAAUAAAAGGGGGGGAAUCAAUAAUAAUCUCAAGUCAUAGGUGGAAGGGCAGGGUUCAAUUCAUACAUUAUUUUUAAAAACAAAUUUUUAUUGGUUUUUAAACAAAUACAAUAACCAUUAAACACUUACCCAGCAGUACAUGUAAUUGUGUUUGUUUUCAAUCCUUACAUUACUGCAGUGGUGACUUGAUCAUAGAAUCAUAGAAUUGUAGAGUUCAAGGGUAUGCCAAAGGUCAUUUGAUCCAAACCCCUGGGAUGCAGGAAUCUCAUCCACAAGGAAGCUUCUGAUCUGACUAGUUAAUUGGAUAGUCUAAGAAUUAAUCCAGAGGUAGCCAAGCCAAUACCUUCUUUGGGUAUGGUUGGACUAAAACUCCCAUCAUCCCUGACCUUGGCCUUGCAGGUUGGGGAUAUUGAGAGUCUAGUCCAACAUCAUUUGGAGAUUAGGGUGUGUAAGUCAGUGGGCAAACUCUGAUGCUUUUAAAAACCUUUACCUCUAUUGCUAAACUUGAUCCAAACCUCAAGAGUGCAGCUUCGGACAAGUAGCACGAUGCUCAUAUAGUUUUUGUUCCUAGUAGCAGUUUGGCUACUGUAAUAACAUAUGAAUGGGGAAUAAGUUUGAUGGGAAACAGAUAUAAAGAUUUCAUGCUGUGAAAUACGUUAUAGCCACAUGCGAGAUGCUAAUAAUAUGCUAAUAAUUGGCAUAUUUUCUAAAUACGCACAUAUUUACACUGUUGGGCUUGGGGUAUCCUUUGCUCUUGCUUGUCUGAAGAACCUUCAUGGUAGUCUAGAGAAUUGUCUGAGGUAACUAUACACUUCUAUGGGUAAAAGCAGCCUGGCCAGUGCUUAGAGAGGGAAACAGAAAGAUUCUAAGCUUCUCCCAGAGAUAGGUAUGAUUUAUUUAUUUUACAUAACUGAUAUGCUAUAAAUGGGUUUGCAGAAAAUAGGACUUGCUUCUCAUGAACAGCAUUUAUAGGGAGAUUGGCCCCUGCCUCACAGUUUAAACAACAACAACAGGGCUCUGGGGAAAUUGGAGUGGGACUGAAAAAGACGCCAUUGUGUUUCCUGAGCACUGCAUAUUUGGGAAGAAGAGGGGGACUGUGGAGCUUUUGAAAACUGGACCCACCAAAAUAAAUAGCAUCUCCAAUGAAAAGAAAAUCUAUACUUUGGACUAUCCAACAAUUUAUUCAGAGUUUAAAAUAAUAGAGAGAGAAAGGCAAACAGGAUGUGAAGGGAAAAAAAUAUAUAAAAUUUCCUUCCAGUAGCACCUUGGAGACCAACUAAGUUUGUUAUUGGUACGAGCUUUCGUGUGCAUGCACACUCCUUCAGAUAUAUCUUCAGAGAAAUCUAGGAUAUGAAGAGAGAUGCAAGAUCCUUUUCAAACUAUUUUUAACGAAGCUUUUAAAAAUAUUUUAAAUUAUUCAGAGUGGUCAUGGCCGUUCAGUGACAAUGGAAACUGAUGGGCAAUUAGGCAGCUCUUUGUCCAAGCCAUCUUAGAAUGCACUUUGAGCCGCCCACCUGAAAGGAUGUGUUUUCAGACCAGUUUUGUUUAAGAUAAUGUGCAGUGGAGAAGACUCCUUUGUGCAUUAUUCACGGACGGCAAUAUUGCAUCAAGAUAUCUGGGUUUUUUUAUGUGGAUCAUCUCCAUGCAAAUGGAGAUCUAUAAAGGUCCGUUGUUGGGUGUUUGGGAGUGUUGGUGUUGUUGUUUUUAUGUGCCAGUCUUAGGUAUCAGAAAAUUCCUAUGCAGAUGAAAAGCACAGCUUUAUAACACAUACUGUGUAUGCAGAAAAGCCUUUGCUCAAUCCCUAGCAAGGAAGGGAGAUGAAAAAUGGGAGCACCUAGAAGAAGAGAGGUUGGGGGCCCUGGGAGUAGGGAUGUGAGGGACCAUAAGGAGAGGGGGGAACAGUCAUGAAGAGGGGUGUAUGUGAGUGAGAAAAACCCAGCCAGGGAAAGAGAUCGGGAUUUGUUGUGACAGAGUUGGCUAUUAGGGAAAGAGGAUUGCAGAAAAAGAGGUGGGUUGGUUGGCAGAGGGGAAAUGAGUGAAUCAAGAGUUAAGGGAUGUACAUAUCAUCAUUUGAAGGGAUGCAGGUGGCACUGUGGGUUAAACCACAGAGCCUAGGACUUGCCGAUCAGAAGGUCGGCGGUUCGAAUCCCCGCGACGGGGUGAGCUCCCGUUGCUCGGUGCCUGCUCCUGACAACCUAGCAGUUCAAAAGCAUGUCAAAGUGAAAGUAGAUAAAUAGGUACCGCUCUGGCGGGAAGGUAAACGGCGUUUCCGUGUGCUGCUCUGGUUUGCCAGAAGCGGCUUAAUCAUGCUGGCCACAUGACCCGGAAGCUGUACGCCGGCUCCCUCGGCCAAUAAAGCGAGAUGAGCGCCGCAACCCCAGAGUCGGCCACGACUGGACCUAAUGGUCAGGGGUCCCUUUACAGUGGUACCUCUGGUUAUGUACUUAAUUCGUUCUGGAGGUCCGUUCUUAACCUGAAACUGUUCUUAACCUGAAGCACCACUUUCGCUAAUGGGGCCUCCCACUGCUGCUGCGCUGCUGCCGGUCGAUUUCUGUUCUCAUCCUGAAGCAAAGUUCUUAACCCGAGGUAUUUCUGGGUUAGCGGAGUCUGUAACCUGAAGCGUAUGUAACCCGAGGUACCACUGUACUUUAUAUCAUCAUUUACUCUGGUUCCAGUGUGCUCCCACCACUGCUGCUUAAAACCGAGUAAACAUGACAUCAGCCACAAUAUACAUGCAUCCUGUAGUUUCUCGAGAAAUACUCCUAACUGAUGCCUUUCCCAUCAAAUCAGCUUCCAUCCGACUUGAAAACUCAAGCCGCAGUUAAGUUCAGCCGUAACGUGCGUGCCGAAGACACCUUCCUUCAGUAGCAGUUUAGGGGGUUGCAGACAUGGGGGAAUGAAACAGGUAAUGCAUUCGGGGCGACCACCACACCCUCUCUGGUGUGCACAGCAAGCGUUAGUGCGACUUGAAUCACAGUGCGGGGAAACGACAUUGCAGCAUUUUAAGCUACUAAUGUGUACAUACCGUUUACUGAAGAGGAACUGAUUUGAGGCAGAUGCUGGGUGAGUAAUGCAUUUGGGAGAAAUUUAUCAGAUGGUGCUUUUCCUAUUAAUCUUGGGUGAACAAAGUAAUUUUAGAGGAAUGCGUUUGGAGGUGAUUGGGGGAAAAUAAUGAGCUCGCUUUCUGUGAAACUGGUGUUCUGCUGGAACUGAAAAAUGUAGGCUCAAAGGAGUCUACCUGUGCCUGGUUUUAUGCUUCCUGUGCCUGGUUUUGCCUUCCAUUAAAUGGGUGUGCUUCAUUGUGCUAGUAACAUUUGUGACUAAUCACAUCCACAGUUGCCAUUUUACGACUGACCAUACCCCCAUGGUAGCCAUCUUUGCAAUAAUGUCCACAACACUUUCUUAAAAUUCCCAAUGUGCCUUUGGGCUGAAAAGAUUGAGAUCUUUGCAUACUUUCCUGUGCAAUCUGGAAAUUUCAGAGUCAAAGUUCAAUAGUUCUACAGGCAUAAUUAUAUGUAGGUGAGGCUCUUCUCCUUGCUAACAACAAGGCAGUUAUAUAGGCUUAAAUGACCAGGUGAUGUAUAGUACAUUAUUAUUAGCUUUAGUUGCAAUAGAAUUCAUUGCCACACACCGUAUAUAGCACCUUCCAGGAUCCUUUUAAUCUUGACCCCUUUGUUAUCCAGUCAUAGUCAAUUAUAUGUUUAAAUGAAUAAUAUUCAAACUCAGGCUAUUUGUGCUUAUUUAAUUCAUUUUUCUUAUUAACUUCCUAAAAUAUAAUACAUUUGAGUGGUUCUACCCAGGUACUACUGGUGAAAUUAUAUGGAAGUACCAAAUCACUGACAGCUGUUAAUCUUCAUCAUAAGAGACAGCUGAGAUUGACUGAAGAGCUGAUUGAGAAAUACAGCAGGAAGGAAAAAAAUCACAGAAUUUCGUUAAUUUGCUGCAUGUAUUACAUCUUCUUUUGAGCUGGAGAGCAAACAAGUUUUCUUGCUUUUUAUCUUCUGAAAAAGAGCCAAACUUUAUCCAUCUGAUUACUCCUGAGGCCUAUUUCUUCUGGUCCAGAUAGUCGUUUGUUUGUUUGUUUGUUGUUGUUUUAAAAGGCAAAAAAGAUGAGAAAGAAAGCUUUAUUUUUACAUUAUCGAAGUCAAUUCAGUACCCUUUUUAAAGGUGCCCAGGGCUACUAUAAAGACAUACUUUAGCCACAUUCAUUCCUGUAUUUACUCAUACAGAUAUUUCAUGAGAGCAAAAUGGCAGGGGAAGGCAAUGGCCCAGAAAUGUCCUCCUUCAAACGGGAUACAUCUAGCUGCAUCAGUUUCCCAGAUUAUGGCAGAAAGUCUACGAGAAGCUCAUGAGGCAGAGCAAAGAGGAGCAGCAAGUCACGGAAGUGGCUGUGUUAACAGUAUAGCAAUGAAGCAUUUUCCUUUCGAUGAGCAAGUACUGGAAUCUUACUGUAUGUUUGGGAACAUUUGGGGUCUCCCCACCUCACAAUAGGUAACCAGAGCAUAUCAGUAUCAGACAAAGACUCAUACGCCUAGCGCUAGAUCAGCAAACAAUGGCGCAGGUUUCCAGAGAAAGCCCCUCGGCCAUAGCUGUCAAGUGUCCCUUAUUUGAAGGGACAGUCCCUUAUUCCAGCGCCAUGUCCCGCUGCUGUCCCUUAUUGAUGGAUGUCCCUUAAAUGAUGUCCCUUAAAUGAUGUCCCUUAAAUUUCAAAGGAAGCAGCUCCUCUCCCUCCCUCCCUGCCAGCCAGGGAGGAGGGAGGCUCCAACUGUGUUGCUUGGCUGUGUUGCUCACCCAAUAAGAAGUCUAAGAACGACUGGGGGUGGAGCUUGCAUGCCUUGUGUGUGGCUAGUUAAUGCAAGCUGAGGGGGUUUUUGAAUGCUGGAUGACAUUUUGUUGCACGUGCUGCUGCAAACUUUGCAGUGCAAAGCCAGGCCCUUAAGCUGAGGCUGCAUAGGCCUUGUGGUGCAUGUGAUUCAGAUUCUAUUCAGUUGAACCUCUGGUUACAAAGUUGGUUGGACAGUGUUCUCGAAGCUACCCAGCAUGAGUUUGACCAGACUGCAGGAGGACAGGAAGACUGGAGUGCCUGGAACAGGUGAGGCUGCAGGUCCCUUAUUUUGGCUGCUGGUCCCUUAUUUUCAAGGCUGCUGGUCCCUUAUUUUCAAAUCUGUAAGUUGACAGCUAUGCCCUCGGCCCUAAAGUUGUUUUGCUUUCAGACGACUCGCAGCGUUCUCCUCCCAUCUCCAAAUUCAAAAUUACAGUGGUACCUUGGGCUAAGUACUUAAUUCGUUCCGGAGGUCCGUACUUAACCUGAAACUGUUCUUAACCUGAAGCACCACUUUAGCUAAUGGGGCCUCCUGCUGCUGCUGCGCUGCCGGAGCACGAUUUCUGUUCUCAUCCUGAAGCAAUGUUCUUAACCUGAAGCACUAUUUCUGGGUUUGCUGAGUCUGUAACCUGAAGCGUAUGUAACCUGAAGCGUAUGUAACCCAAGGUACCACUGUAUUAAAUUGGCUCCAAGCUGCUUUUCUGUACGACCUCACAUGAACUACAGUACAGGCUUUCUCUAUAUGACUUCCCCUCACAACUCAAAUCAGGAGUAUUAAACUAGCAAGUAUUACCUGGAGAGAGAUUCCCAAGUAUCAGAAGACUGUCUCCUAUAACUAGCUUCCAUUGAUCAUUCUGAGCUAUUAACAGUGCAUCAAACUAACCAAUGAUGAUAUCUCAGGCUCAGGAACCAAGAAGAAAAGAAAUUUUUAAAAAAUAUGGGAAAUGUUUAUAAUGUAUAUACAAAAUCAUUGUAAACAGGUUAAAACAUUGGCAGGGUUUUAAAUGCACUUGUAAUGUAAUGGAAACUACAGAUAAUUUAGGACGAUGAAGAUUUUAGACAAGUAUUGAUAUGCAGAUGAAAACAGAAUUAAGAGGACCCAUGGAUGGGUUGGAGAGGAAGUCAGGAGAUUCAGAAUAAUCUGAAUACGUGAAUGUGUAAGAUAUCUGGAUGUAACUUUAUCAUUAUUCUUUAUUGUUUCUCUUUCUUUCUUUCUUUCUUUCUUUUCUUUUUUAACAUUGGAAAUCAAAUUACAAAAUAAAAAUAAAAAUGAUGAUCUUUCAGGAUCCAUAACAAGACAUCUUUACUAAAGGUGUAGGGACAUCGUAGUUACAUUCUGCAUUGGGCACAGGAGUUAGGCUAGAUGAUAUCCAACUCCGUAUUUCUGUGAGGUAAAGUGAUGCCUUGUUGAUGCGGUGAAUGUAUCACCUUGUUUUGAGUUGUUUUGAUCUGAUGCAGCAAGAUCAAUAUUGCGGGUUUUUGCUUCUGUGCAGUUUUUGUUUCUUCUUUUUUUAUAUAAAAAAUGCUGGUAUAACAUCUUUCUUGAAUUCAGGUUUGUGAUCUUUUAUGUUUCUGGUAUGAACUGCUUUUCUAAAAAUAAGGUAAAACAGCUUAUCAACCUUAAGUAAAAAAAAAAAAUACUAGGAAGUAAAACAUUUUUCUUCUUUAAUAGGUACUCCUGGCGUCAUCAAAUGCGGGAAUUUAAGAGCGAAUACCGAGUUGUGGCCUUGGAUUUGAGAGGUUACGGAGAAACCGAUGCCCCUGCCCAGAGAGAGAAUUACAAGCUAGACUGUCUGAUUACAGAUAUAAAGGAUAUAUUGGAGUCUCUUGGUGUGUUAAUAGCAUCCAAGCUGCCCAGCUUAUAAUAAUCCUAAAAUGGGGAACGCUAACAUUUUCCCUUUAGCAAAUUCUCGUUUCAAUAUGGCUGUUCAUGUGUGCAGUGCAUGCUAUUUUUCUUAAUUUAAAUCUUAAUUCGGGAAAAUUGGGGUGGAUUUUUAAAAGCCGCGAUUCUUGAGCUGUUUAUCAAAAAUUCCUUACUUGAAUCGGGAUGAAAGCGUCAACACAUGCAGUGCUCACAUGCUGGGAGUUAAAUGGAAAGGUCUUUCUCGACAAUAAAGCCCAGUAGAAAGACAGCCAGAAUGCAUUUGCUCCAGGUAGACCACCCGUUGCACGGAAACUACAAUUUAUCCAGCAGCAAAUCCGCAUUAAGUUGCCAAUGGGAAAAUGCAAUUCUCUCCCACACCCUGAGCAAAUGCAGUUUCUAUGGGGAAGAUGACUGUAAUUCGUUUACAGGCACUUACUGGUUUGAUGGCCAGCGCCACAGCUUUCCCCAACCUACAUAAAUUCUUGGAUGGCUGCUUAAGCAGAGAAAAACUCCUCUCCCUCAGCUUCCUCGAGGGUCGUGCUGUUUCAUUCUUCUGCGCUGGAACACAGUCUUUUGAUAUGCCCCCCUCCCCCCCAAAAAGAGGAGCUGUGUAUGUGUGGGAAUGAAAAGCAGGAAGGCCAUCUCCACAUAGCAAGACUAUCCCUGCCCUCAACCAAACAACAUACAAAUGAGUUGCUUGCAAGUAUUGUAUUUGCGAUGAAAGAAAGCACAUAUCUGUGAGGAUACAGAGCCUAAGGUAAAUUGAGGUAGAUGUUAAGCGUCUGGAAAAGGCCAAACGUUUCUAUCUGUCGGACCGACAGAUAUGAAACCACAACAAGCAUCUCAAUCCAUAAGACAGAAGGUUGUAAAAGGGGCUUCAUUUUUUGUCCUACCGGCAAUCCCCAUAACCCAUCCUGCCCAGCCCUGCUGCUUGAUCAACCCUGGCACCUUCAUUUCCAUACCUGUCCCUCUUAAUAAUAGCCCUUUGCUUGCUUCAUUGAGUCCCACCAUGCUUCUCAAUGAUGCUUUGGCUCCUGGUCUUAACGCAACUUUUAUUUAUUCACCCCCAGCUCAGAUUGAUUCCUGGCACACUGGGGUCUGCGGCCUUGAUGCCAUCUUGGGCCCUGCCUUGCUUUCUGAUAAGCAAGUUGGUGGGAUCUCCAAAGUUUCGUUCUUGACAUCUGAAUCUCUUGCUCAUGCCGCAUCAGAACAGGGACAGUCUGUAUCUAAUCAAUCCUCCUGCUAGCUGCUUUCAUCAGAUAUGUCCAGUGACCAUCUAUUUGUGAAAGUAUUGACAUUUUACACUUGUGGCUCCAGUGCUGUAGAAUGGGGUCCCUCUAGAGCUGAGGAACGGUGACUGCAUUCCUGAAGAACUCCGAAACCUUUCUUGUAGCCUUUUGUGACUUCUUCCUAGAGCAGGGGUGUGGAACCUGCAGCCCUCCACAUGUCGUGGGACCUCAGCUCCCCUCGCCCCAGGUAGCAUAGCCAGUGAUCAGGGAUGAUGGGAAUUUUAGCAACAUCUGGAGGGCCACAGGUUCCCCACCUCUCCCUCGAGGGACUUUUCUGACUGGCUGAUGCAUUUUCUUGUAAUUUUUAAAAAUAUAUUUCUCCUGGUCGUAUAAUAUUGCAGCCUAUUUUCCCACCCAUGUUGUUAUAAGUUGAUAAAGGGACGUGGGUGACGCUGUUGUCUAAACCACUGAGCCUCUUAGGCUUGCCGAUCGGAAGGUCUGUGGUUCAAAUCCACACAAUGGACUAAGCUCCCGUUGUUCUGUCCCAGCUUCUGCCAACCUAGCAGUUCUAAAGCACACCAUUCCAAGUAGAUAAAUAUGUAUCGCUGUGGCGGGAAGGUAAACGGCAUUUCUGUGCGCUUUGGCACUCCUCACGGUGUCCUGUUGCGCCAGAAGUGGUUUACUCAUGCUGGCCACAUGACCCGGAAAAGCUGUCUGCGGACAAACACCGGCUCCCUUGGCCUGAAAAGCGAGAUGAGUGCCGCACCCCGUAGUUGCCUUUGACUGGACUUAACCGUCCAGGGUUCCUUUACCUUAUAAGUUGCUCUAAAACACGUGCUGGAAUAUAAAUAAACUCCAGUUACGAAAGAGGGGGGAAAGGGCUCUUAAGAAAUUUCCCACCUUGUUGCUAUGUUGUAUCCCGUGAUUCUGAAAGCAGUUUAUUAAUAGAAGCGCCCACCUAGCGUGGUAUGAAUAAUUUGCCAAGGGGUGAGUUGGGGGGGGGGGUGGAAUUGAGAUGUUGCUACCAGACAUACUGCAACUUCUACUGUCAUUCCCUUUGAUGUGAUAAUGUAUUUGGAUGUAACUGCUGGUAAACAACUAUCAGAAAUCUAUUUUUAAAUAACAGGGUACAGCAAGUGCGUGCUGAUUGGUCACGACUGGGGUGGAAUGAUUGCUUGGCUAGCUGCUAUUUGUUACCCAGAAAUGGUGACGAAGCUGAUUGUUGUGAAUUUCCCCCAUCCUUCAGUUUUUACAGGUAAGUUUUGGGGGAGAUGGGAUCCAAUGUUCUAUCUGCCUGUAGCAUUCUCAUCUUUAAGCAGAGAUGUGUGGUGCUGUUUUUUCUAGAAAAAAGAGGUGCUAAGCCCCGGUGCCAAGUUAAGAACAGAGUGGAUUUGAAUUGGAAGAAUAAAUAUAUCCAGGUGCGACAAGCCAUUAGAGAAAAUGGUAGAGCAAACUGCUUCAGAAAAAUAAGUACAUAAAAAAGCCACAUUGGUUCAUACCAAAGGCCCAUCUAAGUCAGUAUUCUGCUCACUCAGUGGCUCACCAGUAGCCAAUAGGAAAUAUUCAAACCCGGACUUCCGGGUUGGCGCCAUCGCCGAAUGGCGGACUCCCUCCGAGCUCCGGAGGGAGUCUGCUCGGCAGGGGCUGGGUCCUACCGCGCCGGCGACGCGGGGACCCUUCAAAAACCACGGGCACGGAGUCCGUGGACAUGGGUGACUCGGCUUGCACCAUUAGCGCCCUCCCGACUCGUGAAGGAGCCUUUUUAAAGGCUUCGGAUCGGGUGCCGGGGAGUGGCGUGGUGCUUUGAGUCUUCUGCUUUCCCUGCCGAGCGCAGCCGCAUGCCAUUCGACGGAGAGCGCUGACUUCUUCUAUUGAAAAUUUGGGCUAUUAACAACAACCCGUGAGUAAUUGGGAAACCGGGUACAAAAUUUCGGAUUUGGCACGAGCGGGGGUGAUUUAAAAAGGAAGUCAAUCCCCCCCCCUACUGUAAGCAUUUCAAAACAAGGACUGGGUAACCAAGGUCCAAAGGGAAGUAUAUUUUUGAUAAAAAUCAUUAAUUUCACGAGGGGAAAUUAUAAGAACUGUGCUGGAGGAGAAGAGUGGAGGGUGAGACGAAAAAUGCAACCCCCCCCCUGGGAACCGGGGCGAUUCGUGGAGCCUGGUGAAGAGAGACGGAGACUUUGACAGCUGUCAAAGUGGCUGUCAAAGUUGGAGAAUAUAAAGAGGACUUUGUUAUGAGGACUUUGCCGGUUAAUUUUGCUACAAUUUGCUACAAUAUGGAUAUAAACUGUUGGAAAAUAAGCAACAAUUUGACUUUUGGAUUAGAGGAUACAAAGUUAUUACAAUCCCCUAGAGGGGUUUCGGGAUAUUACAAGAACGGUCGUAAGUGGAAAAAUACUCUGGGAUUCGCACAGGACUUGUUAUCUUCUGGGAAAGCUGCAAAACUGAAAUAGUAUUUUGUCUACAGAGGUAUUUACAUUAAAGGAGACAAUAGAAUUUUCUAUUGAAGAAAGGAAGGGACUGGACGUAAGUUUUUGUUCCUGAAUAACAAACCUCUGCAGAGAUACCAGAUUUCUGAAUUAGAAAGUUUUAGCAGCUGAACAGGACAAGAAACCUGAGAAAGUGAGGAAAAGAAGAACAAAGGACUGAUUACGACACGGAAAGAACAACGGGAGGAGUGGUAAAGAUCAAGGAAAUUAAAGACCUUUGUUAGAUUGGACACUUGAAGUUACAUAUUAUUAAUAAAUUAAAAGAAAACCGGCAAGAUGGAAUCGGGGAGAAAUUUGGUCAUGAAUUGAGACUUCCAAGCCGAUAAUGCAUAGACUGAUGGAUAUGGGGAAUUCAAACCGGGGAAGGGGGGGGGGGAGAUUUGAAAUCCAAAGGCUGUGUAACCAUCUUUUGAAUUUUUCUAUAUCUUUUAUGUAUUUAUUUUUUACAUAACUUACGCAUGUCAUUUUAUUUUGAUUGGACGUGUUUAAAAAAAGGGAAUUCGUGGAAGGAACUGGGGUGGAUCUUGGGGAAAAUCUUUUUACUUUUCUUGUUAAUGAUGUGGGACGGUGGUAAGAUUUGUACAAUUCAAUUUGGAUAGUGGGUUAAACAAAUUAAGCUUCAAAUUGGGAGUGAGAGCUUGUAGAACUAAAUUAAGGAAAGGGGAAUACAGUCGGGGGGGGAGGGGGGGAGUCCCAGAAAGUAGGCAAUGAAAGUAAGGUUUUUAAAUAUCUUUUUUUCUUUUUCUUUUUCUCUUUGUAUUUUUAUAUUUUUGGAAAUUUUAAUAAAUAUGAUUUAAAAAAAAAAGGAAAUAUUCAAACCCAUACGUGCUUAGCACUUGUGACUCCCAGCAGCUGCUUUUCAGAGGUAUAAUGCUUCUGAGACCAGCGUGGAUUUGAUUUAAAUCAAAUCAAUUUAAAUCACGAUUUAAAUCACUUUUUACAGAAAGACUCAUUCUUGCUGGUAGAAUCUUAAUAUUUACAACCAGAUGAAGGGUUUCAUUUUUGGAAUAAUAAAUUUUCAGAGUAGUUUUUACAGUUAUAUCAAAAGUUACUGAUUUGGUUAUACUAUUAGAAAUACAUAGACAGAUAAUCAUGAAAUUAUUGUGAGGUUUAAUAAGUUAACUUUAUAUUUGGAUAACUUUUCUGCUGUACUUUAUUGGAAGGAGAAAAAUAAUCAUUUCCUUAAUAACAAUUUAAACAAUUUAUUGAACUAAAACAAUAACAUUAUAGCAUAUGAAUCUAUGUUUGUUAACUGAUGUGGUUAAACAAUUUUUAAAAAAAACUUAGACUGAGUUUUAGCACACAUGGAAAACUUAAAUCCUUAUUUCCUGUUGAAUAGCCUUUGGGCUAUAAUGUAACAUAAAGAGAAAACUAUAUUUAGAAAGAUUUUCCCUCCAAAAGCAUUUAUUUUAAAAAUCCGAUUUAAAUUUUAAAAAAUCUUUUUAAUUUUUUUAAAAAAUCAUUGAUUUUUAUCCACCCUGUCUGAGACUGAACAUACAGUACAAAGUGUCAUGACUAAUAGGCAUCGAUAGCCCACGUGGUCAGAAUGAAAGGGAGGUUCAAGUCGGCAGGACCUAGGGUUGCCAUAUUUCAAAAAGUGAAAACCAGCUUUUUUAAAGACUUCCCUAUGAUCCAGGACAAAGCACCACCUUUCGGAAAUUCCCGAAAGCUUAGCACUUCUGUGUUCACUCCCUCUUGCUUCUGUAAGAUUAAGGAGAAAAUAAGGUAUACGAGCUGCGAUCCUAAGUGCAGUUCCUAGAGAAUAAGUCUCAGUGAACGUGACUGGACUUCCUUUCUGGGUAAAUGUGCAUAGGAUCUGCAACAUUACUAAUUCCUAGGUACAAAAGGAUCUUAACAUUUUAUCAUAAUUCAAGAUCAUCAGCUUUUCAUUUCAAUUCACAGGUGUGUUUCCCUUUUCAUCAUCAUCAUCAUCAUCAUCAUCAUCAUUUAUUUGCCUUUCCACAAAAUUGUGCCCAAAGUGCCUCACAGCAUAUGAAAUAAGCCAUAAUAAAUACACCAAGCUAAAAAAAACCAACCCCAAACAUGUCUUUUCUUUUCAAGAAUACAUUCUACGACAUCCAUCACAAAUGAUUAAAUCUGCCUACUACUACUUCUUCCAAAUGCCAUGGUUUCCUGAACUUAUGUUUACGAUAAAUGAUUUUAAGGUAAGUGUGCUGAGAGAGAGAAUUUGUAUCGCUUAUGGAAACAUUUCUGCGCAGAAAGGAAAGGUAUGUUUUUAAUGCUUCCAACCCGGGAUGGACAGAUUUCCUUGGCACUACAUUGAAUACAAACCCACAGGCCCCAACACAUUCCAGAACACCUUGGAACUGAUUCAGAGCUAGGGAAAUUUGAAUUGGUCCACAUUUAUCAGCUUUGCAGUUUCCAAAACAAUAUGCAGACUGAAACAGACCUAUCCUUCAAAAUUUUCACUUACCCCAAUUUUGCAAUGCAGUUCUCCAACCAGUAUUUACAAAGACACAUAUUUAUGGGGAAAGUGCACCUAAAAAUGAAAAUAUUCAUGAAAAGAAUAUACCGUAUUUUUCGCCCUAUAGGACACACUUUUUCCCCUCCAAAAAUGAAGGGGAAAUCUGUGUGCGUCCUAUGGGGCGAAUACAGGCUUUCGCUGAAGCUUGGAGAGCGAGAGGGGUCAGUGCGUACCGACCCCUCUCGCUCUCCAGGCUUCAGGAAGCUAUCAGCAAGCCUGGGGAGCCUGCGGGAGUUCCCGCAGGGCUCCCUACGCUGCGGAUAGCAGCCUGCUGCACGGAGCGUGGGGCGCGCUGAAGCAGAGCGCCCCGCGCUUCGGGCAGACAUCGGCCAGCCCCACAACCUCGGGGGACAGCGGGGAGGCGCAGCGCCGCCAUCCUGCUGUUCCCCGACCUGGUUUCGGGGGGGAAAUAAAGGAAAAAUUUUUUUCCUUUAUUUCCCCCCCAAAAAACUAGGUGCGUCCUAUGGGACAGAGCGUCCUAUGGGACAAAAAAUACGGUACAGAAAUGCAUUAUAUUAGGGAAAACUCACAAAAAUUUGUACGUGAGACAAAACUGCAUAUAAAAAUGUGUCUAUCAUGUGGAUUUUUUAAAAUACAAAAAUGCUAAUUGCUGGAAAAUGUGGAAAAUUGCAGAUUGGGGAAAAAUGAGAAACUGGGAAAAGUGAAAUUGAAAUUGAAAUAUGCUUCCAUACUUAUUCAGCAUAGCCUGUUCUUACCUUGCUUCAGUAGUUUUUAAAAUAAUCAACUGGGGGUUCAUUUUUUGAAAUCACGUACUUCUGUAAAGUUGGGGGUUCCACUGAGGCGGCUGAUGCCACCUUAUUGUCCAUAACCUCUGAAGAUGGGAAAUAGAGGUAUGAUAACAAAAGUACUUAUGAAUGAGAACUGUCUAGUAAUUUUGGACAGAUUUAAUUUUUGUUACUUAUUUGUUGCCAUAGAUUCUGAAAAGCCUCUUUACUGGCCAGUCAAGUGGAACUGGAAGGAAGGGCUGCAGGCUAACAACGGAAGAUAUUGAAGCUUACCUAUACGUAUUCUCCCAACCAGGUGCACUAACCGGUCCCAUUAAUCACUAUAGAAACCUUUUCAGGUCAGUCUAUUGUUCUUUGAUCAAUCACAUAAUACGAGACACUGUUCACAAGCACAACCUAGAGGUGUUCGGGUACAGAGUAUGGCUUAAUUUAGGUGCAGAAGUCAUUACCGUGCACUAUACACUGUGGGUUAAACCACAGAGCCUAGGACUUGCCGAUCAGAAGGUCGGCGGUUCGAAUCCCCACGACGGGGUGAGCUCCUGUUGCUCGAUCCUAGCUCCUGGCAACCUAGCAGUUCGAAAGCAUGUAAAAGUGCAAGUAGAUAAAUAGGUACCGCUCCAGCGGGAAGGUAAACAGCGUUUCCGUGCGCUGCUCUGGUUCGCCAGAAGCAGCUUAGUCAUGCUGGCCACAUGACCCGGAAGCUGUACGCUGGCUCCCUCGGCCAAUAAAGCGAGAUGAGUGCCGCAACCCCAGAGUCGGUCAUGACUGGACCUAAUGGUCAGGGGUCCCUUUACCUUUACCUUUAUACAUGGGAACAGAAACAUAGCAGUCACUUCUCACAGCACUGAAAGAGAUAAAAUGGGAGUGUUUGGUGGCCUUAUUGUGAAUUUUCUACCUUGAAACUCAGUUCAGACUCUCUUAAAUGCCUCUGGGGCGUGGGGGAGGAAGGACAAAACUAGUUUGGAAAUGGAUGUUCAGCCAGGGGGUAUAUGACUUUUCUUAAUGUGAAAUUAUCUAGAGGAGGGAGGAUGGUAAAUGUUAUGUAUGCAGCGUAGGCUAAGCCCAGGCUGCAUGCAUUCCAUUGCAGACUUACUUCUUGAUGUCUCCUGGAGCGCAGGAGCUUCAGCUGCAGAACAAAAGUCGGGAAGGAUUCUAAAACGCUCCAGUGGUAUUUGCUGGUAGCUGGCAAGCAGCCAAUCCCUGCUGCGAUAGGGCCGGUGUUGUGAUUUGCUAGUUGCAGCAUAAGGCCACCUAUCACAGGCAGGCUGGGCCGGCUUAAGGUAUAUAUACUGGGCCAAGUGCCCCCAUUUGUCAUUCUUGUUCCUGAUGCGUCAUUAAAUUCUCUUGAGCUGAACCUAGGCCUCGAGUCCUGCACGAACCCACCUACCCUUCAGUAAUGUCACUUGAAAGUUGCGGUCUAAUUUGCCUUUAAUACGGGAUGAGUUUAUAUGAAGUGAAAAGCCCUGUUUUCCUUUCUUCCUUAUAAAUAUGUCCUCAUGCGACAUAACUGGGAUAUAGGCUGAUAACCAAUUGUGGCACACUUGCCUAGUGGACUUCUGCUUGUGCAACUAGCACUCCCCAUUCCUGCCUUCCCAUGUGCUCCUGAAAUCCGCUCCAUAGGGUUCUCCAACCCUCUGGAGCAGAUGGGGGUUGCAUUGCCACAAGAGAGAGAAAGGAGCAGUUCAACUCUGGUCACACAAAGCUAGUAGUAGCCCCAGAUUGUAUUUUGUAUCCCUACAUGAAUCGAAAGAAGGUAGGUCCAGAUAAACAUGGCAGUGCAGAAAUAUAUACAGACCUGUGUCCACACUGGCUACACAAGUUAGCCUGAUUUCAGGUUGGAUCUCUCUUGGUGGAUUGAAGUGACAGACUAUGAAAUGGAAUUAAACCUGAUCUGUUUGUCCCGAUUUUUAAAAUAAUAAGAUCUUUAUUUUCUUUUAUUUUUUUAAAGUUGCCUGCCUCUGCAGCACCAUGAGGUCACCAUGCCCACUCUGUUGCUGUGGGGAGAAAAAGAUCCCUUCAUGGAGGUUGAGAUGGCAGAAAUCACAAGGAUUUAUGUAAAAAAUCAGUUUAGACUUACGAUUCUGUCCGAAGCCAGCCACUGGCUCCAACAAGAUCAGCCUGACAUUGUGAACAAGUUGAUAUGGACUUUCCUGAAAGAAGAGUCAAGAAAAAGAGAGUGACUGUUGUUGUUUUUUGCUGGCACAAUCUAAAUGUUAAAAUUAAUUGUGAUCAGGGCCAUAUUUGCAGCAAACCUUAGACCUGAGCUCUGCUAGAGAAAAUGUUUUUCAAUGUACUGUACGUAUUGAUGCCAAUGUUAUUACAAGAAGGUGGUGUAAGACUCUGUAAUGUUAAUGUUGGUUUUACCUGUAUUCUGUAUUUUGCACAUGAAACACUUGCCUUAAAAAUGUUUGUGCUUGUACAAUAAGGAACUCAUAGAAAGUUGCUUAGUUUUGGUUACUCACUUGCUUUAAAAUUCUAAUGUGUGGUGCCUUCAACAAAUUUAUAAUGAUUAAUCAGUGCAGGGGUACCAGAUGUAAAAGAGGUUAUUAUUGGUAUGAUGAUCAAUUUUCAUUCUACUGGUUGGAAUUUUUUUUACUGUAUUUUUACCAUUAAAAAUGUUAACAGGUCUUUUGGUCUACAUAUUACUGCAAAAGCCUAAAGAAAACAAAACUUGUGUCUGGGCACAUUUUGAGAUCCUAAAGUGACAAAUCAGAUGUAAUUGUGCUAAGUUGAUAGCUGCUUGUCCGGUGAUGUAAACUGGGGAAAAAACCUAGGAUGUAUACACAUAGUGUUUCAACAACUAAAAUAGAGAAUGAAGAACUAUGAUGACGACUUAUGUAUCCUAGUAUUUGCCUUGUUCUAAUAAACUGCAACUGACUUGGUGCCCUGUACCCAGC